CCACUCACGAACAGCCCUCCUUUACUCUCGGAUCGCAAAUAACAACCGUCGAUUAACCAAUUGAAACGAACGAUCAAGAUUACAUUCCCGGCACAACAACUUACUGAAGCCUCGAUGUAUAAAUAACGCCAAGCAACUCCAUUUUAAUCAUCCAAGCGGAAUUUGUCUACAAUUAUCUAUUCAGUAAUCAAACUCCAUCGUCUUCUUCUUUCAAUUUCUCUGGGUAACAAUGUCUGGCCGCGGAAAGGGAGGCAAGGGUUUGGGCAAGGGAGGCGCUAAGCGUCAUAGGAAGGUUCUCCGUGACAACAUCCAGGGCAUCACGAAGCCAGCCAUUCGCCGUCUGGCUCGCAGAGGUGGCGUGAAGCGUAUUUCCGGUCUGAUCUAUGAGGAGACCAGAGGUGUUCUUAAGAUCUUCCUCGAGAAUGUGAUUAGAGAUGCGGUGACCUACACCGAGCACGCCAGGAGGAAGACUGUAACGGCGAUGGAUGUUGUUUACGCGCUGAAGAGGCAGGGAAGAACUUUGUAUGGUUUCGGUGGAUAGAGAUGCUCUGAAUAUUUCUCAGUACUUCUAAAUCUGGGAUUUCAACUUUUGUUUAUCUCGUACGAUGUAUGUUAUUGCUGUUUCUGGGAACUUAGAACAUGUGUAAUGCCAGCAAUUUAAUUAAUAUAUGCAAGAUGCUGAUUUUGUCAGUUCGAAUUGAUUACAGUGUGAUGUUGGAGUGGGAAUUGGAUCUGAAGUUCUUU